CGUAGCGAUAUGCGUAACCAAGCUUCACAAAAUGUUAAUUAACGGUGGUGUUAGACAUCUGUAGUGAAAUUCCUAGUCGACGUGUCAUGUAGUGUAUUCUCUUAUCUUGCGUGCUCUACUGAUGCAGCAGCACUAUUUCAAUACGUAAGUUGACUUUCAAAGAGGAACAUCACCGUGCAGACAUGGAACCUGUGAGUGCCGCCGAAAAAUAUCCCUAUAUCACGAAAGAAUACUUGGAAGGCGCACUGCGUAAGGAGCAGUUUGAUAAUUCAAUCACAAUCAAGGAAUAUUGUGUGGAACCCGCGUUGGCCAAAGGAGAGAACUAUUCCGCCGAUAUAUUACGAGUGAAAAUAAACUAUGUUACCGGGAGUAAGAACCACAGAAUCCAGACGUACAUCAUUAAGUCUGCUUUAACAUCCGAAGGAAUGGCUGACAUAUUAGAGGAAUAUGAUAUGUUCCACCGCGAGAUUGCUGUUUACAACAAUAUAUUGCCGAAGGUUGAGCAAAUGUUAGCCAAUGUUGGCUAUACUAGAAAAUUAGCUCCUAUAGCGCACGUGGUCUGUGCGGAGAAUCCGAAGCAUUUUAUAUUCGAGGACCUAGCUCUACAGGGCUUUCAAAAUGCUGAUCGAAAACAAGGACUUACGUAUAAACAGCUGGAGAUGGUUUUGGAGAAGAUUUCAAAAUUUCAUGCUGCUACUGCAUUUCUCUAUAGCAGGGACGAAGAGAGCAUGUGUGACCAUAACUAUCGCAACAUUAACGAAGAAAUUCAGCAUUUGUACCCGCUCUUUGAAAACGGUGUAGUAUCCACCGCAGAACAAGCGGCAAAGUGGCCCACUACUUCCAAAACGAUUGCCAAAAAGUUAUCAAAGUUGGAGAAAACUGUUAUCGCUAAAGGCUGUAAUGUAUACACACGUGACGACACUAGUUUCAACGUGUUGAAUCAUGGAGAUUUAUGGGUCAACAAUGUGAUGUUCAAGUUUGAUUCACGCAAGAAUCUCAUCGACAGCAUCCUAGUUGAUUACGCAGUCGGUUUUUUCGGCUCACCCGCUAUCGACCUCAGCUAUCUAUUGUUCACCUCCUCUUGUAAUGAUGUAACAACUGAUCAAUUCGAUCUACUGCUUCAAUUCUAUCACAGUCAGCUUGUGGAUUGUUUAAUGAAACUAGGAUACACCAAGACUCUACCCACGUUGCUGGACAUACAGGUAGAUAUGCUGCGAAAGGGAUUUGUAGGUAUUAUGUUCGCUACUUUUCUGAUACCACUGCGGUUAAUGGAAGACACGACAAAUGCAGAUUUGGGCAAUCUUCUCAGUAUGUCCGCUGAGGCGGUUAACUUCCGUAGACAAAUAUUUAGUCAUCCUAAUUAUCAAUGUAGAAUGGAGUAUUUGUUGAAUUAUUUCGAUAGGAAAGGAUACCUUGAUUGAUACACGAGUAGUUGUUCUAAAUACAUUGUAAUAUACGAAAGCGAAAAUACA